AGCACGCGCUCUCUAUACAACUCGAGUAGAGAGAGUAAAGCUUCAGCGCACUGUCCCUCAGUCACACUGGAACACUGAGUCAUUGUUCUCUUCAACUAGCUGUCUAGGAAGGGCCCUGGAUAUGGCUACGUCUAUACUCGGGGAAGAGCCACGGUUUGGAACUACCCCUUUAGCGAUGCUGGCUGCAACCUGCAACAAAAUUGGCAACACCAGUCCCCUCACGACUCUUCCCGACUCCAGUGCGUUUUCCAAAGGCGGAUUUCAUCCCUGGAAAAGAUCCUCGUCGAGCUGCAACCUGGGCUCCAGCCUGCCCGGAUUCACCGUCGCCACGAACCGAAGCACCUCCGGACUAACGACCAGCACCGGCUCGGGGAACAGCGCGUUUUGCCUGGCCUCGACCUCGCCGACCUCCUCCGCGUUCUCCGCCGAGUACAGCAGCUUGUUCUCCAACACGGCGAGCGUUUCCUCGCAGGAGUCAGGACAGUCCGCCUUUAUUUCCAAAGUUCACUCGUCGGCAGAGACUUUAUAUCCGCGGGUCGGCAUGGCGCACCCUUACGAAUCGUGGUACAAGUCCGGCUUUCACUCCACCAUCUCGGGCGAGGUAGCCAACGGCGCGUCCACGUGGUGGGACGUGCACACGAACCCGGGGUCGUGGCUCGAGGUGCAAAACCCGGCAGGCACUUUGCAGAGCUCGCUGCACUCCGGAACCCCACAAGCCAUCCACUCGCAGCUCAGCAGCUACAAUCCAGAUUUCUCCAGCCUCACGCACUCCGCGUUCAGCUCCACCGGCAUCAGCCCCACGGCGUCCCACCUCCUGUCCACCAGCCAACACCUGUUGACGCAGGAUGGGUUCAAAACUGUGAUCCCCACUUACACGGACGCGUCGGCCACAAACGCUAUGAUCUCCGGCGCCAGCUCGGGCAUAGGGACCUCAUCCAGGUCCUCCAGGAGAUACUCCGGACGCGCCACAUGCGACUGCCCGAACUGCCAAGAGGCGGAGCGGUUGGGGCCCGCGGGGGCCAGCCUGCGGAGGAAAGGACUCCAUAGCUGUCACAUCCCGGGCUGCGGUAAAGUCUACGGGAAAACGUCUCACCUCAAAGCGCAUCUGAGGUGGCACACUGGCGAGAGGCCCUUUGUGUGCAACUGGCUUUUUUGCGGCAAACGGUUCACCAGGUCAGACGAGCUCCAGAGGCACCUGCGCACUCACACGGGGGAGAAGCGGUUUGCCUGUCCGGUGUGCAACAAGCGCUUCAUGAGGAGCGACCACCUGAGCAAACACAUCAAAACACACACCGCUGGAGGUGGAGGCAAGAAGGGCAGCGACAGUGACACCGACACCAGCAACCUGGAGACGCCCAGGUCCGAGUCACCCGAACUGAUUUUAGAGGGUGUAAACCCACGGGUCACGGUCAAAGAUCAGUCUCCGCACCACGAGUCCUGAGCAUGAUUUAAGAGUGUGACCUCAAAAGCAUUUUCCUCCUAGGUGAAUCAAGAAUAGGAAACGGGUCUGGAGUAUGUGACAAACUCUGACAUUGCAUUGGAAAGAGCAAAUUCAGUGCAACACUGGCUAUUUCUGCUGCGCACCGACGAACGCCUCAGCUUUCAGGACGAUAAAGUCUCGUCGAGGCUCAGUGUUUUUAACAGAGGACAUUUGGUGCGGAAUCGGUGCGCUAAAGAGGGAACUAAAUAACCACGGCUGCCGGCUGAGCUAAUUGUGUACAUAUAUCCACAAAAAUAACAUGUUAUUUUUCCCUGUAAAUGUUACUUAUGAUUGUUUUGUGGUGGAUCCUGAAAUUCAGGGAAUUUUCUUUCCUUUCGACGCACUUUGUGGAUGUCAGUAUGUAUGUUACACAGCUAUUUAAAAUUCAUUUAACCUUUCCUUUACCCUUGCUAAAAAUAUAUAAAUGUUUAAUUGUAUAAAGUCACGCUUAUAAGGCUUUCAUUUUGUAAUUAAAGGGAUUUAAAAUCGAAA